AAUUUUCAACGUCUACUGUUUAAAUUUUUUUCUUGACAACCCUCUUCUGUUUUCUUGCCUUUAUUCAACCAAAAAAAUCGUUUUCUGAGUUAUUAGAAAAGUAAAGAAUUUAUCUUUUGAUCCUCUUUUGUGUUCUCUUGGCUGCAUAUAUUGUGAUGUGAUUUUCUUGGGCUCUUAGAAUUUCAGAAUCUUGGAUUUUUCUUUGUGGUUUGUUGCUUAUGCUUCUUAGAUUCUGAUAAGAAGUUUGACUUUGGAAGACCAUUGAAAAUUGAAGAAGCUGAUCAAAAUUUCCACUGUUAAUGAGAUUUAAAAAAAAAAAAAAAAAAAAACCCUUUUUGGGAUUUGAAGUUUUGAUGAUUUCUAGAGUGUACAGUAACCUUUUGUGACUUUUGUCUCCUUGCUCCCUCUCUGGUAUGAUUAGGGUUUUUGAGUGAGUAAUUAUGAGUUCUUGUACUUUUCAGUUUUAACCUUCUGCUCCUCUUGUUUAAUUAUUACUUUACUUUUUUGCUUUCACCUUUGAGUGAGUAAUUAUCUUGUUUCAUGUGAAUUCAGGUUUCCCCAUAUUAUUAUUUUUUUUGAUAAAUUCAAGAUUAAGAAGUCUUCUGAAGCAUAAAUUUUCAGUCGAGAGUUGGAGUUAGAACAGGUGAAGAAUUAUGGUGGCAAAAGACUAUCAAAAAACCAAAGGAUCUACCAAAGGCGAGGUUGGAGAGAUUGACACUAGCGCACCAUUUCAAUCAGUCAAAGAUGCUGUCUCUUUAUUUGGCGAAGGCGCCUUUUCAGGAGAAAAACCUGCCAUUAAAAAGUCGAAACCACGUUCUGCUGAAAGAGUGCUGGCAAAAGAGACUCAGCUUCACUUGGCCGAGAAAGAGUUGAAUAAGUUGAAGGAACAAUUAAAAAAUGCUGAGACCACUAAAGCGCAGGCUCUUGUAGAGCUUGAAAGAGCUAAACAGGCUGUUGAGGAUCUUACGCGGAAGCUUCAAACUAUCAAAGAAUCAAAGGAUUCAGCAGUUAAGGCUACAGAAGCAGCUAAGUAUCAUGCAAAGCAAUUUGAAGAAUCUGGCAACAGCAAUUCAAAAGAAACUAAUGGAUCUUCCAACAUGGAUCAAGAAACUGCACGGGUUCAGUACAUGGCUGUAAUGGCUGAACUUGAUCUGGCAAAGAAGGAGCUGCGGAAAUUCCGUCAGGAAUAUGAUGCAUCUGUGGAAGCAAAAAAUACUGCCAUCAAGCAAACAGCAGAAGCCAAAAAUGCUACUAAAACAAACAUGGAGAGAGCCAAUGAGCUAUCAAAAGAAAUCAUAACUGUACAGGAGUUGAUUCAGCAAGUGAAGAUGGCAAGUUCACAAGCACGGGAAGAGGAAGCAAGGGUCUAUUCUGAGAAGGAUGUCUACAAGCAGUCUUAUAAAGCCAAACUCGAAGAAUCUGCGAACAAAUUGCUUGCUUUGAAGAAAGAUAUUAAUCCUGAACUCACUAUGAAGUUGGAAACUGACCUAGCUGAAAUUAUGUCAGAAAUUGAAGUGCUACGUAAAGAGACGGAUAAUGCAAGGGCUUCGGAUCUUGGUUCUGUGAAGACGGUUACUUCAGGGUUGGAUGGUGCUAAAGAAUCAUUACAAAAAUUGGCAGAUGAGGGGAACUCUCUGAGAAGCCUGGUGGAGACCCUUAAGUUAGAAUUGGAUAACGUUAAAAAAGAGCAUUCAGAAUUGAAGGAGAAAGAAGCAGAAACAGAAUCUGUUGCAGGUAAUCUGCACGUGAAACUCCGGAAAGCCAAGUCCGAGCUCGAAGCAGCCCUUGUUGAAGAAGCCAAAGUACGAGGAGCAUCUGAUGAAAUGGUUGCUACAAUCCACCAGGUAUCGUUGGAGACAGAAAAUGCAAAACGUGAAGUUGAAGAAAUGAAUCAGCAAGCAGAACAACUUAAGAGAGAAGCAGAAGCCACUAGAAUUGACUUAGAAGCAGCGGAAAAGAAACUAUUAGUUGCAUUGGAAGAAGCUGAAGAAGCGAAGGCAGCUGAGGCUAAAGCCCUAGAUGAAAUCAAGAUGCUGUCUGAGAAGACUGAUGCUGCACGUGCUUCGACUUCCGAUCCAGGUGCCCAGAUCACACUAUCAAGAGACGAGUUUGAAUCAUUAAGCCGAAAGGUUGAAGAAUCUGAAAAAUUAUCAGAAAUGAAAAUUGCAGCGGCUACGGCUCAGGUAGAAGCCGUGAAAGCGAGUGAAAGUGAGGCCCUUAAGAAGUUGGAUGCUACCCAGAAGGAGAUCGAGGAUAUAAAAGCUGCUACCAAGGAGGCACUGAAGAAAGCAGAGAUGGCAGAGGCAGCCAAGAAGGCGGUCGAGGGAGAGCUUAGAAGGCGGCAUGAACAGGAGCAAAAGAAGGCAGCAGAAGCAGCAGCGCGGAUUCUUGCAGAAACAGAAAAGUCUUUUCAAUCAUCUCCUCGUAUUUACCAAAUCCAAAAGCAGAAUCUUCCAGAAAAAGUAAAGGACACGCGAAAACUAGAAAAAGCAAAGACUUCCUUGAGAAAGAAAGUUCUUAUGCCUAGUCUAACUGGAAUAUUCAAGAAAAAGAACCAAGUGGAGGGUGCUUCUCCUUCUUACUUGCCUGGUGAGAAGCCUGUGUGGUAAAUUUGCUAGCUAUCGAAGGUUGACAAAACCUCGUUAAUAUCUUGGAUUGUGCAUAUCCUAAGAUCAGGGAAUUCUUCGUUGUAAUUCCCCUUUUCUCCCUGUUUUAAGGGGAGUCGGCCAAAAAUUACCGUGUGGCGAACUUGGUUUAAUUAUUGUAAAGAUGUAGUUGUUACCUCUGCGUGUUUUUUCUCGUUGAAUGCAUAAUGUAAUUGUUCAGUAUCCUCCGCAAUGGCAAUUCCUAUUAUCUUUGAAACGA